UUUGCCUUCUUCACAACUUUUCGUCUUCGUCGCAAUGGCAUCAAGGCAUUGUGCCUCGGCGAUGCGGGGCGGUCAAUUGACAAUACGAUGUCGCAAAGCAUCAGAGAUGCAGACGGGACGACGAAUAUGCAUUCGAUACAUGUCGACAGCACUCUCCUCAGGAACCAAUACCUCCUCCUCAGUCUCUUCUGAUACCCUUCCCCCUCCACCGCCUCCCUCUGCCAAGGUUAAAAAGGGCCUCAUCAUCCCCAACGCGAUCCCAUCUCACAUCCUCCCAACGCAAGAUGUCUACACCACCGUGUACUCCUUUCCAAGCCUCGAGCCUCUUCGCGUGGAAUCCUAUCCACACACACAUCUUUCUGUCCCCCUCCGACGAGAUAUCCUCCACAGGGCCGUUAUAUACGAGGGCGAUCGCUCGCGCCAAGGCACUGCAAACACCAAAUGGCGCAGUGAGGUGCACGGUUCAGGAAUAAAGAUUCGACCUCAGAAGGGAACAGGCCAUGCGCGGUUGGGUGACAAGAAGAGUCCCAUGUUGCGAGGCGGUGGUGUGGCUCACGGCCCCAAACCGAGGAGUUUUGCGACGGAACUGCCAAAAAAGAUCUACCACAAGGCCUGGCGCAUGGCACUAAGUUAUCGUUACCGGCGUGGACAGCUGAUCGUUGUCGACGAGUUGGGCGUGCCAACCGACAUCCCAAAGGAGGAUAGAGGCUACUGGCUCCGAUGGGCGCUGGACGGACUUGGCUGGGGUCGGAACGGCGACGGCCAUAGCUUCUUCAUCACGCAGGGCAAGGGCGAGUUCGCCGAAGCGUUGGACAGCUGCGUGCGGUACGGACGCCUGAGGACGGCUUCCGAGGUGGAUGUCAAGAAUCUGUUGGAAAUGAAGCGGCUGGUCGUGGAGCGAAGGGCAUUGAGGCAGAUGCUCAUCGAACAUCAGGCGGACUUGCAGUUGCCGUUAGUCAGGAGUCCAAAGGGCAUAACGACAUCCAGCAACGGCUCGGAUGUACCACAAGCCGUGAAGAACGUGUCGGAGCUGGAGAUGCGGAGGGCGGUCGCGGAGGCGAAGGCGCGAUCGGGCCUGAGCCAUUCGGCAGACGACUUCAGCGCCGCGGCUGCAAAUGCUGCAGCUGCAGCCGCAGUAUCUUCUGCAGUAUCUGGAAUGAACACACUGUCCAUGGACGAGGUAGACGCCGCUGCUGCUGCGGAGGCCCACGAGCUUCGAGACGAGGGCGAGGAUCUGAUCGCCGACGAAUAUGUCGAAGACGACGAGUUCGACGACGAAGAGGUGGAGGAGCUAGCCAGGGAGCUUGAUGAGAAGUCGAGGUGAUAGCUCAGCUCACAAGCAAGGGAACAUGUAUCAAAUAUAUAUUUUUUUCCUAUUACGCAUUCGCGGCUAAGGUGUUGCCAGUGUCAAAUUUAGCAUUUGUAGGGUGGUGUAGACAAAUCCCAAGAGAUCGAUCAUGCGUCUGCUGGAC